AUUUGUACUAAAGCAGGCUUUAGAGACAGUGGACGUGACGUCACAUUUGUAUUUGCAUACUGCGCAGUAUUUAUAGCGUGGUUGACGCCGUAACCGUCAUUCUGCUCCUGUGCCAGCAAGACGUGCAUCUUGUUAUUUCUGUGACCAAAAUCCUGAGCCUCUGCAGACAUGGCUGACAAACCUGACAUCACAGAAGUCACAACCUUUGACAAGACCAAGCUGAAGAAGACUGAGACUCAGGAGAAAAACACACUGCCAACUAAAGAAACCAUUGAACAGGAGAAGACUGAGUCAUAAUGAAGACUGGUCCCCCUGUGCAUUGUACAUUCCACAAGCCUGCCCUUAAUGUGUUCCAGCAUGUAUGAAGUUGAAGUACUUACUAAAUGACAAACAAUGGCUGUACAACUCUUCCCCCACACCACUCUUGUCUAGCUGUCCCCCUGCACAUAAAAGGUUUUGUCAGCAUGGGUUCCUGUUCAUCUGUUGCUGUGGCUGCUUUGCCAGUGCGGUUGAAGAGGUGUCAUGAAACAACUGAGGGGACCUACAGAGUUGUAGCCCUAUUCUGGCCACUUGUAAAUGCUCACAAAGCAGUGUUUUGGUUUUUUUGUAUAAAAUCUGGAAUGCACAAGUUUGUCACAUAUGCAAAAUAAAAUGUAAAUUGACU